GCUGGGAGGCGAUGCGGGCGGCGCUGUGGAACGCGCGGGCCGCGCUGCUGUACUCGCUGGGCGGAUGGACGACGCUGGGCGCCCUGAUGCACUACAACUCCAAGUACAGCGACUCCGAGGAGAGCAAAAGUGAUCCUGAAGCAGUGCAAGGACCCCGCAGGGAAGUGAAGGUGACAGAAACAGCCUUAGGAUUAACGGUGACAACUAUAGUAACAUACAAAGAAACUCAGCCUCCUAUUACUCGACUGCUCAGGCGUGUGAAGUCGUUCUUUGAUCCUCCUGAUGAGCCUCCUUCUGAAAACUGAGUGGUCCAGAAGCUUGGGAUUUUGUGCUGGCUGCUCCAAGAAGGUGAUCCUGGCAUGUGGCACCAGACCACUGGUGGAAAGCUUUCUGCAUUGCUGAGACAACAGCUGCAUCUCUGACUUGCCUUUGCAGAACUUCCAAACUUCACCUGCUUAGGUCACUGCUGUUCUUUGCACGUGUGUUCAAAGCCCCAGGUCGGUGUGUCAUGAGGUGUUAAUGGCUCUGUGUGCUACCUGUGUCCAACAGGCUGACCAUGGUGGCUGUGGUGGCUUGUGAGGAAAAUGAUUUUCCAGCUGGUGUGAGCCAGGAUGUACCCAGAAUGGCUUCUCAACUGGCCAGCUCUGAAACAGACUUAAAAUGAUUAAAAGCCAGGAAGGGACAUGGUUUAAUCUUUUUGGGGUGUGAGAGUUGCUGAUUGUCCUUCAAAUAAAAAUUUGCAAGAGAUGAAUUGCAAGCUGAAAACUAAGUCUUCUGCUGCAUGCCCUUCACCAGGCCCUUGUGU